CAGUGGAAAGUGACGAACUCAAACCGACGGGAACGGGAGAUCACCAGACCAGGUUUCCCCUUUUGCAACUAUCCGCUGAAACCGUUUUUUUUUUAAAUUAGAAACCCUUUGUGUGUUUGUGUGUGUGUGUGUGUGUGUGUACGUGUGUCACAGAGAUAUGCCGAAAUAUUUAUUUGACGCGCCUUAAACAGCGAAAGUUUGCCUGCUUAAGAUUUUAUAGAGUAUACAGAAUUCGCGAGCGCUGCGUGAGUUGAACAAGCCUAAAAUAAGUAUUAGUUCUUGAAAAGUGGACGUUUGAAUUCAUUUGGAGGACACCGGGUCCCUCGGACACGCCGGACGCUUGCGCAUCGGCUGCGGCCAAGGAUCCAUUACACUUUGCGCAACCGCCGGACGCGCGGUGCGAGUUCUCGUUUUGACCCGGCGGACUGCCCGGCGUCCCUUCCUCUAGAGGACCAUAGGAGUGGUGGUCACCAUGCUCCAAAAUGGCAACGGAAACGAGAGACUGCCGCAGCAAGCGCCCAAGGCUGAGCCCGAAUCCGACCCCCCGACAGAAGCCGUGACGGAACAGCCGGCGACGACCGUCACCGACGCUGCUUCUGCGAGGACGGACGCGGAGGACGAGUCCACGCGUUUCCCGAUGCCCGUGUACCCCAAACUGGAGAUAAAGCGCAACGCGGUGACGGACGAUUACAAGAUUUCCAGUCAGGUGCUGGGCUUGGGGAUCAAUGGCAAAGUUCUCGAGUGCUUCAAUAAGAAGACCGGAGAGAAGUGCGCACUGAAGAUUCUCUAUGACAAUCCCAAGGCAAGGCGGGAGGUGGAGCUCCACUGGCGAGUAUCGGGGGGUCCGUACAUAGUCCGUAUUCUCAGCCUGUAUGAGAACAUGCACCAUGGGAAGAAGUGCCUCCUCAUCAUCAUGGAGUGUAUGCAGGGAGGAGAGCUGUUCAGUCGCAUCCAGGUCCGCGGAGACCAGGCUUUCACCGAGAAAGAGGCAUCAGAGAUUAUGAAGGAUAUCGGCACAGCCAUCGAGUUCCUCCACAACAUGAACAUUGCUCACAGAGACAUCAAGCCAGAGAAUCUGUUGUACACCAGUAAAGACAGCACCACGAUCCUUAAACUGACAGACUUUGGCUUUGCUAAGGAGACCACACUACACAACCCUCUGCAGACCCCCUGCUACACACCGUACUAUGUGGCUCCUGAGGUUCUGGGCCCCGAGAAAUAUGACAAGUCAUGUGAUAUGUGGUCUCUGGGCGUCAUCAUGUACAUCCUGUUGUGUGGCUUCCCGCCAUUUUACUCUAACACAGGCCAGGCCAUAUCUCCAGGGAUGAAGAGGAGAAUCAGGAUGGGCCAGUAUGAGUUCCCCAACCCAGAGUGGGCUGAGGUUUCACUAGAAGCUAAAGAUUUGAUCCACCAGCUGCUAAAGACAGAUCCUAAUGAGAGAAUGACAAUCACUCAGUUUAAGAACCACCCCUGGAUCAAUCAAUCCAUAGUGGUUCCCGCCACUCCACUGCACACCACAAGGGUCCUGACUGAAGACAGAGAGAUGUGGGACGAUGUAAAGGAGGAGAUGACCAGCGCUCUGGCUACUAUGCGCGUGGACUACGACCAGGUGAAAAUCAAGGACCUGGACACUUCGAGCAACCCACUGCUCAACAAAAGACGCAAGAAGGCUGCUGCCGGCACCAAGAGUGGAAGCACUGUUUGCCAAAGUCAAUGAAAGGCCAAAGUGGGUUGGUGAACAGAGCCAAGCAUGCCAAGCCAUGAGGAGGAGAAGCUCAGAGGAAUUUUGACUUUUUUUUUUUUGGCAACUGUUAAGAGGGGUUGACAUUGCAGAGACCUGUUCAAGACUCUAUUGAGACUAUUGAGAGUGGGAAGAAGUUAUGCUAGGGAACAACAAAGCAGGACUUGGACAAUGAUGAGAUGUAUGAAGGUAUAUGAUGAUCACUUGUGUCUGCUCCAAGCAAAGCCAGUUAUUAGGUUUCCUCACUGUGCAGUGUGCGCCUGUCAGUUUUAAGUUAAAGAGGUUUUUAUGUAUGCAAUUAUAUGUAUGAUUUUUUUAGCUCCUUCAGGACAAAUGUUUAUGGCAGUGUGUGUUUUCUCGUACAGUAUGUGCAUGUUGUGUGCAGUCAACAAGUAUUUUGAUGAUAAUUUGUUGUGCAUGUUUUGUAUAUGCCAUACAUAUACACUAAUGAGCACACUUGAGAAAAAAGUCACAUGCACACACAUGCACGCAUGCACACAAAUACACACACACAUACACACACACACAUGCAUACAUACACCACAAUCACAGUAACUAGUACAAACAGGAAGGGGAGCACAGUCGACAAACCAAUGGCGGGAUAAGCUCUGAAACUAGCACACUUGAGAUACCUGUAUUGUCUUACUAUCAUCUGUAUUUUACUCCGUUAUUUUCAGGGAUUAAAGAACAGUUUGAAUUUUGUUAUGUCAAUUAUUUUACCUAUGAUUAUUUGAGUCUGCAAACCACAAUGGAAGCACCUCCCUGGAAAACUAAACGCGAAAGUCUACUUUUUCUCAUCAUAGAAACUGAUGAGAUAAGUAAAAAUCCUGUCUACAGAUUGAGCUACAGUUCAUCUCAGUGGAACGGGUUCCUAUGCUACAAAAAUAAAAACAGCACUAUACAUUGUGCAUUCUGUAUCAGUGUUAACUGCUGCUAAACAGGGUUGUCUCUGACUGAGGUCAGGG